ACCACCAUUACCUACCUCUAGUACCACACCACUGCACCCACCACCACCACCACCUUACUUGUCGCCCGCUCUCGCCCGUCCUUGUGUCGCCGCCUCGUAUAUUGUCUAGAGCCGGAGCAGCCUGUACCUAUUCCUUGGGUUUCCACCUCCCAAGAAACAACCGAAAUGUCGGCAUCCGAAGUACAGGAAGGGGCUGCUACCGCCCACGAGCCGGUCGCUACCAAAGAGGUCCCCACGGAGACGGUUCAGGAGGUCACCCACGAGCACGAGAAAGAGGACGCUGCUUCCUCUCCCGUAACAGAGACAAAGGACAAGGACUCCCAGCGACCAGCCUCUCUCGCUCCCACCAACCUGUCCGACCCAGACGACAAGGACACCGAUACGUUUGAAGAUGCCAUCGACACAGGUUCCGUAAGGUCCCUAACAAAACGCUCUUCCUCGUUUCACCGCCCGCGCUCCCCAUCCAUGGACGAUUCUGCCGCCGCCGACGCCGACCACGACGCCCGCUCCCACACCACCGAGACACCCCAAGUUCCCAAGACGGCAGAGAUCAAGGAAGAGGAGCAGGAAGACGUCUUCGAGACCCCGGCACAGGAGCAGGAAAACAAGUCGCUACACCGCAUCUCGCAUGCUUCCAAGGUUUCAGAGGCGUCCGCUUUCUCGGCUGCAUCGCUGGACGAUGUAAGCCUAAACGAUAAUUCUACAAUUGGAGACAAAACAGAAAAAUCCCUUGAUACGGCGCCUUCGUCAACCAAGAAGCUGUCAAUAAGCAGUAUAGCUAGUGCCCUGCCCGCCAUGCCGUGGUCACCUUCCGCUACCGACGAAGCUGUAAAAAGCCCACCCGUGGCCGCUGCCGUGGCUGCUGCCGCUCCUCCUGCGCCUGCUCCCGCUGCCCUUACUCCAGCACCACCGCCUCCCGUCACCCGAAAACUAACUAGCCCCUUUUCCUGGCUGUCCAGGAGUUCAUCAAAGGAGCAAGCCAACCCACCCCCGCCGCCAGCUGCCACAACGGCUCCAAGACGGAAUACCGCCAGCUCUGUUGCAACUCUCUCCAGCAACCCCGAUGGGACAUUAGGUAAGGUUGACGAGGAGGGCAAUAAGAACACUCUCAAGGAUCGCUUCAAGCAGUUGCGCCUAAGGGAGGAGGGCAGCACGCCCACGGGAGACGACGAUGAGAAGAGCGCUACCCCUGAGGAGAAGGAAGCAGUCCAACCCCCUCCAUCGCCGCUUCCACCAACCCCCAACCCGGCUCUCGCUCCCGGUACCGCAUCCGGGGUCACUGCUGGCCCAGCAGGCUCCGAUACUCCUGUGGACUGGGAUCUGUGGCAGACGGUUGUGUACGAAGGUCCCGCAGCUGUUGCUCGGACAAGCCCUGAGCAGUUGAAGGAGGCCAUCGCAAAGGGUAUCCCCAGCGCCAUCCGUGGAGUCAUCUGGCAAGUUCUGGCACAAAGCAAAAAUGAGGAACUGGAAACAGUCUACCGAGACUUGGUUGCGAGGGGUACAGACAAGGAAAGGAAAACUGACAGGCAGAGCAAUGCCUCAAUAUCACUGAGUAACGGCGGCAAGCCGAGCGGCAAGGAUACGCCCUCUUCUGCCUCGUCAGUUCACUCAGAAAAAUCUGGGCCCAACGGAACCGGCGCUCCUUCUCCGACAGAGAAAGACGCGGAAGCCCUCGCCAAGGCCCAGGCUCUUGCCGCGGCGGAGCGCAAGAAGAAGGAAAAAGAAGACAAGGAAAUGUUAUCGAGGCUCGAAAAGGUCAUUAGAAGGGAUCUGGGCGCUCGAACGAGCUAUUCCAAAUUUGCCGCCGCCCAAGGGCUUCAGGAGGGCCUCUUUGGCGUGUGCAAGGCAUAUGCUCUCUUUGACGAAGCCGUCGGCUAUGCUCAGGGCAUGAACUUCCUCGUCAUGCCUCUUCUCUUCAACAUGCCCGAGGAGGAGGCCUUCUGCCUGCUGGUACGACUAAUGAACCAAUACCACCUUCGCGAGCUCUUUAUCCAGGACAUGCCCGGUCUGCACAAGUGCCUCUACCAAUUUGAGCGCAUCCUCGAGGACCUCGAGCCCGCCCUCUACUGCCACCUCCAUCGGCGCGGCAUCUCCCCUCACCUCUACGCCACGCAGUGGUUCCUCACCCUGUUCGCCUACCGCUUCCCCCUGCAGCUCGUUCUGCGCAUCUAUGACCUGAUCUUCUCCGAGGGUCUGUCGGCCAUCAUCAAGUUCGGCAUUGUGCUCAUGCAAAAGAACGCGACUGCCCUCCUCGGCAUGUCCGACAUGUCGCAGCUCACCACCUUCCUCAAGGACCGUCUCUUCGACGUCUACAUCGACGCCACCCCGUCGUCCAACUCAAUCCUCGAGAACGGCUUCUUCGGCUCCAGCUCCGCUAGUAUCGACAAGGAGGUCUACCGCGCCGACCAGCUCGUCCGCGACGCGUGUGACGUCAACAUCACGGCCGAGCUGCUGAAGGAGUACGGCAAAGAGUGGGAGGAAAAGACCAAGGCCGAGAAGGAGCGGGAGCAGGAACUCGAAGGUCUGAAGCAGGCCAACACCAAUUAUACGGUCAUAGUACGCCGACUCGAAGAGCGCAUCGAGGCCGUGGAUCGUGAGCAGGCCUCGCUUGCGACAGAACUGGUGAGGACAAAGGUGGAGAACGAAGAGCUCAGGGAUGAGAAUGAAUCUCUCAGGGGCCAGGUGAAGGAGCUGAGGGUGGUGAUUGAGCAUCAAUCAACGGAGCUGGAGAACAAGUGGAAUCUAGAGCGGGACGAUUUGAUGAAGAGGAACGAGAAGGUGCAUGAGGAGAAUCAGAAGCUGGAGAAAGAGCUGGCGGAUUUGGAGGAGCAGUUGGUGCAAACCAAGUUGCAGUAUGCUGAGAUUAACUCGGCUCAUGAGACGCUUACUAGGAAGUGGGCGGAUCUCAAGAGGCAGGUGCAAGCUGCUUGAUCGAGGAUCACGGUAUGUGGUAUGUGAUACGUGGUAUGGAAUACGGUGUGG